GUCUGGAAAGCUGUGCCAGGGGAGGGCGGGCGCCGUGGGCUCACGGAGCGUCCCGACAGCGAUAGGAUUGGGUUCGUGCGAUGCCGUGCGGAGCAGCCGGGGGUUGGACUCGGCCAUCGCGGUCCCCACCCCGCGCCUCCCCCGUCCCGCCCCAUCCCCCGGGGGCGGUGCUGCGGGCCGGCCGGGCAGGACAUGGAGCUGAGCGCCCCGGGACCGGAGCCGCUGCGAUCACCGGGAGGUGAUGAGGACGGGGCCGAAGCUCCGGGGCUGCCGCUGCACUCGGCGUGGACCUUCUGGCUCGACAAGUCCCUUCCUGGUACCACAGCAGCUGAAUGUGCCUCAAACCUGAAGAAGAUUUACAGAGUACAAACAGUGCAGGAUUUCUGGAGCGUCUACAACAACAUCCCUCCUGUGACGAGUUUGCCCCUGCGCUGCAGUUACCACCUGAUGCGUGGAGAAAGACGGCCCCUGUGGGAAGAGGAAAGCAAUGCCAAAGGAGGUAUAUGGAAAAUGAAGGUCGCUAAAGAAAGUACGGCAGCAGUUUGGAAAGAGCUCCUCUUAGCAACUGUUGGAGAGCAGUUCACAGACUGCUGUGCUGCAGAUGAUGAAGUCAUAGGGGUGAGCAUCAGCGUUCGUGACCGUGAAGAUGUUGUACAGAUCUGGAAUGGGAAUGCCUCCUUAGCAAGUGAAGCAAAAGUGUUAGAAAAGAUGCAUAAACUUCUGCCUCACACCUCUUUCAGAGCCGUGUUUUACAAAUCACACAGAGAGCACCAUGCCUUUGAAGGCCGACGUGGGAGACAUUAAAUGCAGCCUUAUGUUUGUCGCUCGCAGUGUGGUGAGAUGUCUGAGUGAGAAGGACAGCAGGAGGCCCUGCAGAAACACUACAUGUGAUGGUCCUCUUGAAUUUAAUGCUUCUUGUUGGGCUGUUGCUACUGAAAAUGAGGAAACGCAGUUGCCCUGACUGCUAAAUGUGUCAUUCAUGACUUUUUGCUUGGUUGUGAUUUUAAUUUGUUGUUUUUUUUUCUUUAAAAAGUUAUUUGGCCACUAGUUUUUUCAAUCAGAUCAUAUUGAUUCCUAUUAAGAUACAACACUUUGGAUUUUUCUGAACUGUUGGUAGUUAAAUGCAAACAUGCACAAAUGUUGGAUGCUGCUUUUUUGAGAUGGAGGAACACUGCCUUGGUGAAAUGUGUUUUCAAUUUUCUUUUUGAGACAUUCCUAUCAUAUGAAGAUUUACUCCCUGUCUUUGUCUCAAGGAGAUGAAGGAGUUGCAUGGCAUUAUCCUAACGGGCUGUGUAAUCUGCUCUUGCACUGACAACUGCAAAAGUAAAUAGGAAAGCACUCACUGAAUGGGCAACUGAAGAGAUGCACUUAUAUGGGUCUGACCCUGGGUGAGAUGAUGUUUUAAGUGUGGUGACUCCCAAAGGAUCCUGGUUCAGGCUAGAAUUUAGAGAUUUUGCAGUAAGAAACCCUGUGAACCCCCCCACCUCCAGUUUAUUUAAGAAGAGAUGAUGGUUAUAAUCUUUUCAGCUUAUGGUCUUUCUCUGUACAUUCAUGACAGAAGUCACAGAUUCUUUCUAACCCAUUUGCCUAACUGAUUCAUCCCUUGUACUUCUGGAGAUGCUAGGCCUGCACCUGUAGAGGCUCAGAGCAGAAGUGCUGUUCUCUUCAGUACAAAGGAAGAAAUUCUGUCACUCGUACUUUCAAUCUGUCAUGGCUCUGUAGGUCAUCUAUUUUCUUUAAUUUACAGGACACAAAUGGAUUUUGUUUUACGGCAUGAACGUGAAUAUUAACUGCGUUAAUCAGUAAUGUUUGUAUUCAUUGAGGUGUUGGUUUGCUUUACUGUUCUACCAAAGAUUAAUUCAUCUCCUUGUGCAAGAAGAAGCUAUAAGAUAGAGAAGGAUUUGCACUCUGCUCAGCAUUACUUUGUGGGUAAGAGUUCUUGUUUGGCAACAGGUCCAGUGGCGCUGAUCUCCACAUGUUUGGUGUAUUAAGAAGCAGCCAUUAGAAUCAAAUGUAGCAGUAAGAAUUACACAUAGGAGAGGAGUGUUUUUUAUGUUUUUUUUUUUACAACUUUGUAUUUAUGAAUUCAAACUGUGCAGUUAGUGAGCAUUAUUAAUUAAACACAAUUUUGAAAAUCCAA